AUGGAAAACUUCCAUCAUCCUUUCAAACCGUAUGACAUCCAGACUCAGUUGAUGACAGCAAUAUAUGACACAAUUGCUGGUGGUUAUAAGGUAGGAUUGUUUGAAAGUCCAACCGGAACAGGAAAAACCCUAUCAAUCAUAUGCUCUGUUAUGUCAUGGCUGAGAGAGUAUAAGACAAAGAAUCCUGAUCAAGGGAGCCAGCAAAAUGAAACAGAAGUUAGUGACGAUGAACCUUCAUGGGUCACUGAAGCUUAUGAGAGUACUGUUUUGCCCAAAAUCAAGGAAAAGCAAAGGGAGUACGAAAUUGUCCUUGAAAAGGUCAAAUCUCAAAAGCGUGGUAAGGUGGUUCAUAAGGUCAAGGAAAGAGAAUUUAAAAGGGUUAAAAAGAACACGGACCAAGAAGAGCUUGACGAUAGUCAGUUUUUGUUAAAAGAUUAUAAUGCCAAUGAAAAAAAUGAUCUAGAUUCCAUACAAGAUGAGGUAAAUGCUUUGCUUAAAAAAAUAAGUCAGAAAGACUCAAACUCGGAUCCAUUUCAGAAUUUGGAAAGAUCGCAAACUAGAAUCUUAUUUUCUUCAAGAACACACUCUCAGUUGAACCAGUUUACUUCACAGCUACGAUUAACUUCCUUUCCUUCUUCAUUAGGAGCUGUAGAAGAGCAUAUAAAGUACCUCCCAAUAGGAUCUCGGAAACAAUUGUGCAUUAACCCAAAAGUGAACCAUUACCAAUCGUUACCACUAUUAAAUGAAGCAUGCUUAGAGGCCCAAAAGGAUAGCAAUUGUAAAUAUUAUGAUCAACCAAAUAACCCACAGACCAUGCAAAGGAUGCAAGAGUUUAGAGAUUAUACCUACAGUGAAAUUCAUGAUAUAGAGGAUCUCAAUGGCAUAGGUGAGUCGUUAGACAUUUGUCCAUAUUAUAGUAUCAGGAAAUCAAUUCCACUUUCUGAGAUCAUUUCAUUGCCGUAUCAGAUGCUUCUGGAGCGAAACACAAGACAAAUAUUGAACAUAGACCUUAGGAAUUCGAUUGUCAUAGUCGACGAGGCACACAACCUCAUGGACACCAUAAUGGCUCUUAAUUCAACGAGCCUUUCCUAUAAAGAACUCAUCGAUAUGAGAAAAAGCUUAAAAUACUACUUACAAAAGUUUUCGACCCGUAUGAAUUCGGGCAACCGUAUUAAUUGUUUGAAGUUGGUCAAGUUGACUGAAUUGUUGUUGACUUAUAUAAAGAGAAAGAAAGAAACUAGGAUCAAACCUGGGGAAAAGCUUGAUCUUAUGGAUAUUUUCCCUACUAAUGUUGAUAUCAAUAUUUUUCAAUUGGAGACCUACCUCACAACAUCUAAACUUGCGUUCAAAGUUGAAACGUACAUGGAGAAAUGUAGUGGAAGACACGCCAACCACGCAUCUCCUCUUCUCUUCAAAUUGAAGAAGUUUCUGUCAUCUUUAUCACAUCCCUCAGAUAAUGGCUGUUUUUUCUUUGAAGUGGCAGGCGAUGAUAUUUCCCUCAAGUUUUUACUCCUAGAUCCAAGUGAAAUAUUUCAAGAUAUAGUCGAUGAAUCCAGAUGUGUAAUUCUCGCUGGAGGCACUAUGGAACCUAUGGAAGACUAUGUCAACUUUCUCUUCAAACACACACCAAGGAACAAGAUCAAAAUGUUCAGUUGUGACCAUAUAAUACCCAAGAACAACCUUAAGGUUUUUGCUCUUUCCAACGGUAUGGAGGGUAAUUUAUUGAACUUUUCUUUUUCAAAUAGAGAAAGUCCUGCCAUAAUUAAGGAUUUAGGAACGUCAAUAUUGAAAAUAGUUCAAUGUGUUCCAGGUGGAACUGUUAUUUUUUUCCCCAGCUAUAAGUAUCUAGAAAAAGUUGUUGAGCAUUGGAAACUAACGUCCCCUCUGAUGUGGUCUACACUUAAUCGUUUAAAGGAUAUCUUCACCGAGCCAACAGAUUCAGGUAAGGUGGAGGACGUUUUGUCUGAUUACUCCCGAAAGAUUUCUGAAAACCCCAAGAGAGGAGCAAUUUUGUUUUCUGUUGUUGGAGGUAAGAUGUCAGAAGGUAUCAAUUUUCAGGAUGAUUUAGCAAGGGGAAUUAUAAUGGUUGGACUUCCCUUCCCAAAUGCAUUCUCAGGAGAAUUAAUCGCUAGGAGGAAGUUCAUAGAGGAUUCAGUUUUGAAGGAAACAAACUCAAGGAAAGCAAGCCUCCAAGCUUCCAAAGAUUUUUACGAGAAUAUUUGCAUGAGGUCAGUAAAUCAAAGUGUUGGUAGGGCUAUUCGUCACAUCAAUGACUAUGCAGUCAUUUUUCUGCUUGACAAUCGUUACAAUAACACGAAUAUCCAGCAGAAACUCUCUGGUUGGAUUAGGAAACGAUUUGCAAGCUUUACUAUGAGCAAAGCUAUCUCCGAGACUGAAGACUUCUUUAGAAACAGAAAACUUCACCAGGUCAAGUAG